UUAUAUUUAUAUUUUAUUUGUUUAAGUCUCUUUAUUUAUCCUUUAUAUCAUUUGUGUGAUGAUUACUACCAUAAAUACCAGUUGACUGUUAACAAUAAUAUACUCCUAGUUUAUCAAAGAUGGAAACCAAAUCUUUUAUUUUCUUGUUCUUUUUUUGUGCACUAGUUAUUAGAUCUAUGACAACUGAGUCGUCCAAAGAUGAGAAACAAAUUGGUGCAACAAAAGAGUUUCAAAAUAAAAUUGGAUUUGAUUAUAAAAAACCUUGGACCACUUGGAGUUACUAUAGAAAACAAGGCAAGGGUGGUAAAGGAGGCAAAAACAGUGAAUUUGGCUCAGGUGGAAAUGGGGUUGAAGAAGGUGCACAAGGCGAGGGUGAAGAAAAUGAAGAUAAAAAUGACAAAGGAAUUGAGUUAGAGGGAUAACAAAAUAAUAAAAUCACAGGGCUAGAGAAACAUCCAUGAAAACUAUAUACACUAAUGUUGUAUGUAAAAUAAAAGUGUUGACUUUUUUUAACUUUAUGUAUGAUAUAUAAUAAGAUGCACAUUUUUCCUAAUUUAAUAUUAUUUUCACCUAGAU